AUGGAGCCCCCUCCCCCUCGAAAUGUCUCUCAACGGCGCUCCCCCUCUAGACCUUCCUUCCAGGCGCCAACAAAAGCAAGCCUGGCGAGGGCGCACCCCGAAGUCCUGGAACGCGCCCUGAGUCGAUCGCCGACGCGGAAAUCUGCGCGCAGAAGCAGUAGAGAUGACCCGCAGAAUGAGGCCGAAACGAGAGCAAUCGGCCUGCGUGAUAGAAAAGCCCUCAGGCCCUCAAUCACGCUAACCGCGAGUCCGAUAGACCCUCUCAAACUCGGUCAACAAUCACCUCUUUCUUUCCCCAGCCGCCGGUCAAGCGGACUUGUUGCCUUUGCCGUACCCCCGCGGCGCGUUUCGAAAAGAAUCAGCACUUCGGACCUAUUUUUUCAGUCACCCACUGCGUCGCAGGAAACAAGAGUAGAAGCGAGUUUGAUAAAUACUCCAGAGGAUCAACUGGCUUCUGAAUUGGGUAGCGCAACCGGCGCUGCGGACAUGGGUGACGACGAUUUUGAAAGUCCUUCAUUGAAUGACGGCUUCGACGAGCCUGACCUGCCCCCCACACCGACCCAAUUAGGCCUGGAGCGGCCUCCGGGGCGACCAAGGGGACUGUUGAGUAGCAGUCCUAGUAAGGAACAGUGGGGUAAACGGCGAGCCGCGGGGGAUCUGGAGCAGAGUCCUUCAAAGCUCAGGAUCGUUGACUACGGUACUGAUCCCGAGGGCUCAACAGAGCAUGUCGGAAGUGUGAAUGAUGUGCUGCUUCCUGAAUCUGUUCACAAGAAGAGAAAGCUCAAACGGGAGCUCUCUCACGAUCUAGAGUCGCUCAAGCGGGAUGUUGCGAAACUGGAGGGUUUGUGUGAGCAGCUCGAGCAACGCGGCGAGAAUAUAGAGCCUUAUCUGGGUGAACUAAGCUCUCUAUUACUAUUGGAUGAUCCGUCUCAUACCCCUUCAACGAAUCCUCGAUUGGGCACUCAGACGUUGUCAUCCCUUAUAUCCACACUACUCCCCUUUUCUACAAAGCGGCCACCCAAGCCACGCAGAGCCUCGCCCGAAUCUAAUCCGUUUGCUCUCGAUCAGAGCGCACAGACGGAUCUAUACCUGUCUGCACUUGCGCCUCUAAAGCUCACUGCAUCAUCGAACAUGAUACCCUGUUCAAAAUCCGAACCCAUCGUGGAAAGACACCAACUCAUCCUUUCACCACUCUCGCCUUUUCCCCCUUCCCAAUACAGAAUAUCCGUUUCUUAUGAAACAAACCCCGAAACACAGUGCUUAGUCUCCCUGUCAGCAGAUAUUGACGGGAAUACACCAGACUAUGUACGGCAGUGGAUAAAGACGCGGCUAGCGAAUCCGCUGCUAAAGCUCGACGUAUCCGGUCUCUGCUGGGGCAUCAGCCGAUACUGGGAGGCCUUGGUUUCACGAGCCCAGAUCUGGGCUCAAAUAGAAGACAACCAUUCAGACCUGCUCCCUGGUCGCAGCAGACCAAGAACUUUUCAGAACUCCAAAAAGAACACCCUUGAAGACACAGACGCCCCGACACAAUCCGAUCUACGCCGAAUCCUCCCACACAUUGAGCGCACAUCAAUGCUCUUUGAAUCUCCCGAGAAAUCCCUCCUCCUCUCAUGCGAACUCACAAUCGAUGAGUGGACGGGCGAACCAGAACUCACGUCCAGCAUCUGCAUCUCAACAACAGGGCUCGACAACGAACCUAGCGAGAAGAUAGCGCAGGACUCCAAGAAACUUUUUAAGACGAUUGUGAAUGAACGGUCGACCACGGGAAGCCAGUCUGGAGCCGCAGGCGGCUCAGACGUUCGGGCGAUCCUGAGGGCUACGGAUUGUGUUCUGGGUGUGUUGUUCGGGGCGAAUAGUGAAAAGUAG